CACAUGACCAGAACAAAACAAAGACAUACUUCCGGUUUCUACCUACAGCACGUUGUCUUUUCUCCGCUGUUCUGUAAAGACAGAGACAAAUCACCAAAAUGCCGAAAGCCAAGAAGUCAGGGAAAAGAAAGAAGUUCAAUUACACUCAAGACCGGAAGAAGUUGAAGAAACAGCACAUCAAGAAAUGCAACCCAAGGAUAGAAAAUUCACAGAUUCGAAAUGCGUGGGACGACAAUAAGUCCAUGGCCAGGAACCUGCAGGAGAUGGGUCUGGCUUUUGAUCCAAACCGCACGCUGCCCAUAAAGAAGAAGAGCCUCCUCCGUGAAGACAGAGUAACUAAAGCUCCCGCCGGCAUCGUGACCAAACCCUACGUUCUCAACCAGCUGGAGGAGGAAGCCAACCGUCCAGAGAAAGACUCCAAGACGUUAUCCUCCGACCUGAUCGAGUACGCUCAGUACAUGAUCCGAGAACACAAGGACGACUUCAAGGCGAUGGCCCGGGACGAGAAGAACUAUUACCAGGACACCCCCAAACAGAUCAAGAGGAAAUUAAACGAGUACAAGCGCUGCCACCCGCAGCACUACGACGCCUUCACCAGCUCACUAGUUGCUGCACAGCCGAUGGACCAGUAGAGGCCCACCCCCCCCCCCCCCCCCCCCCCUGUUCUGGACUUUACAUCCCUCUCUGCAUCCGAAGCUCAUUCUGCAGACUGUCAACAAACAGAAGCUGCACAACAACCAGCAGCGACAGGAAGUGGACGUCUCCUUCCUGCUUUCAUGUCUCCUGUGUUUUAAAUGUGUCACAUGAUGUGUGUUUUUAACGUGUCAUUUAAAAACCUCCAAGUUCA